AUGAUCAUCUGGACCUGCCUGCUCGCAUUCCUCCUCUGCAUUGCCGGGACCCCCGUCCUCUGCUGUGAUUGUCUCAGACACUAUGGUCACCUGAGCAACGCCUCUCUGACUCUCGUCCAAACCAUGGGCGGUCAGCUGACUGACCAGGAGAGUCCAGUGCCCUUUCCAUACAAACUCUACAAAUACAUAAGGAACGCAAAGGUAGAUAAACAGCUGGUUUUCAUCAGAGACAGUCUGGAGCUGAUCGCUGGUCUCUAUCGCCAUGACAACCUCUCCUCCAUUACCUGGGAUACAGACAAGACCGAACACUUCCUCAUGAUCCUCCACCGACAGGAGGACGAACUGAAGAGCUGUGUGUCGACUCACAGCCGAAAAGUCAGCGCACUGAGAAAAUACUACCGGAAACUGAAUAAGAGUACUUUGUACCGCACCGGUGGCGGUCCUGCGUCCUGGGAGAUCAUCAGGAAGGAGACUAAGAAGCAUCUGGUCCAGUUGGACCUGCUGGUCGGCUUCGUGGUGGAGUCGGCGGCGGACUCGAUCUGCUCAGUUUCUCUGUGA